GGAGCAAGUGACCUUAUAAUCAGAAACACUGUCGAGACACAACGUGUGUGAAGAGUAUUAUAUAAACUGCAAGUUGUUGUGUUUUAAAUACAGGGACAAAGAAUUGCUGAAGGAAAAAAGAAAAAGAAGGGAGAAACUGUUCAAGGAGCAAAAGAAACGUAAGCAACUUCCAGCUGAAGUUCUUGAAGAGCUCAUCGCAGUCCCAGAAAUGAAGGAUCCGGUACCGGACACAACUAGUGGCAUCACAACAGUGCAAGGGGAAGACCAAGAAGCUGAAGAAGACGAUGACAACAUGGAAAACAUUAUAAAACCCAGAAUGAAGGGGAGAUAUGAAGCUAUUCGACUAAAGGAUCAAGGGGAAACUGACCAACGGACAGAGCGGGCCAAAGCUUUUAUCAACAGACGACUCUAUGGUCCAGGAAGAAUGAGAACCAAUGCCAAUGAAUAUUAUUCAUUAGCAAACAAGAGGGAUGCAAACAAAAAAGGUGCCUUGCAGUUUGUCAACAAAUCUUGGGGGAAAAAACAAAAGGAAAAAGCUAGAAAAUUGCGAAAGAAAUGGAUUAAGAAACAUGGUAUAGUGCCGAGCUGAGAACAGUACGGAAGCUACCGCAAACACAGCUUUGAGUGGCCAUGAAUUAUAUGCUGCGUUCUUUAAUGGAAAAUGGUUUGAAUUGAAGGUAUCCCCAAUUGUCCCCUCUGGACAAUAAUGAACAGCGUAUCAGCGCUGGAACAUGGAACAUGAAAAGGAAGUUCUUGCUUUGAUGUCAUUGGUUUAAACACUGAUCCAUGUUCUUUCUCUUUUACAAGAUAAAUUCUUGCUUCUGUAAAAAGGUAUAAAAAAAAAGCUUCAGAUUGUUCAUAGCAUCUAUGAUGUGAUCUCCAUGUAAAUGUCAUGUUCUUAUUACUGGACUUAUUUUCUCUUUGAAAAUGUAUUUGAAGUAAUUUUUAAAACUCCAAACUUUUCAAAAUAAUUGAAGCAGUCAAAACGACCUUAAUCCAGUAGGUCAGACUUCACAAAGGAAUAUAGUAAUAAAUACAUCAUGUUACCACUUCAUUUUUUGUCAUGUUAAAUAUUUAGUAAACAGAAUAUGUUAUGAGAAUCCAUUUCGUAUAUUCUACACAGCUAAGAUCACUUAGGAGUUAACAGGCUAGCUACUUAUCAGCUAUAAUCGUAUUGUUAUUUAAUUUUCUGUUUAUCAAGUUGGUGAUGAAAUGUCCUAGGUAUGAAUAUUUCGGUAGUGGCAGAUGCCAUUUAAUAUUAAUGUUUGGGUAAGUUUCAAACCACUGCUGAGGGACUAGGUCUUUUCUGAUGCAGCUCCUUGAGACAGACCACAUUGGAACUAUGAUAAAGUAUGAGAGAAAUGGGAUUCCAAUGUAACUGAGGCAAGUCAUUGUUAGCCUGAUUUUCAGCCCCACACAUGCAAUGUUGGGUAACAAAAUAAUAAUCCUUGCAUUUGGUAUAGCCCGUUUCCAGGAUUUCCUACAAAGUGGAUUGGCUGUGCAUUUGUAGGCAAAUGUGGCAGCCAAUUUCACACAGCAAUGUCCCACAAACAGCAAUGAAAAGAGUGAGCAGUUUUAUUUGGAGGAUUAUUGUCCAGGACACUGCAAGAAAUGCCCUUUUGUUGAAUUGUACCAUGGACAGGGAAUUUUAAUAUCCAUCUGAACAGUAAGACGGGGACCUUGGUUUAACAUCUCAUCCGAAGUAUGGCACCUCCCAAUGCAAAAUGUAUGUUGAUGUUUCAGGCAAUAUCUUUGUGAAAGGAUAUUCCUGAAACAAUUAUUUUGUGUUUCCAAUGUGUUCAUUUGUGUUUUUUUAGGUUUGCGACUGAAGUUUGUAAUUGCUGGGGGUACUCUGUUCAAAAUAUAAAUGUGUGAGAUGUUUUGGCAUA